AUGUUCAACUGUCCAAUUAAUAGGACCACCCAAUGUCGAAGAUUCGGACGACAUGGAAUAUCCGAGUCAAUCUGCAGAGCCAGGGGAGAAGAGCCAGGCCACAAUACCUCCGCUCAAGAUCAGGAUGGCAUCUGUGCCUCUGUUCUGCGUAUUUUGGAUGCCAUCAAGGAGGAGAAGAUGACAAUGGCUCAGUUCUUGGAUGCGUAUAGCUGGGGUAAUCAAGCAUGUGUCACUAACAAUCGUAUCCGCCAGUCGCGCACACGAUUUCUACAGAGCCCAACACUUCCAGUGUUGCUGAAACGCUGGCGCAAACCUCCACGCCAGAAGACCUCAAAGAAGAAGCGACCCGAGGGAGCCGAGGAGACUCUCAAUCGCUUUGCUUUGGAGACGAUGAAGGAAACAGCAGAGACUGAGCUGGGCAAUGUGGAGGCUCUCGUGAAGUCAUCAGACGAUCUUCUCACCAAGGCUGACCUCACUGCAAUUCAUAUCAGUCAAUUGCAAGCUGACAUGCAAAAAUCGGCACCAACAAUAUGGAUGUUGCUAGAAGGCAUUGCCACUAGUGAUGUACAACGGAAACGUGGAACUCAGAAAGACAACAGCAAGGCAAGUUGUAUCAUCAUGCUUAUCAUCUCCAUUCUGGCAUAUUGCCGCAAUCGAUUCGCAAACCGACUUCAACGAGUCUUGGCCAUCUACUUCAAGUUCAAGGGCCUUUCAGCAAAAGGCUGCGACACACUGCAUGCUCUGGGUAUCAUGAUGAGCACAAAGUGGGUUACUGAUGCUGUCUCGAGCCUAUCCGCAGAAGCCAUGCGAGAUGCCCAGACACUCGUGUCUGCACUUCAAUAUAUCAUCUCACACGAUAACAUGCAAGUAUCCUUCCGCAUAUUUUCCCAGAGGUUGGACCAGCAUGCAGAGUUUGGAUCUGGGACAGCUGGGACAGUCUACAUCCGCAAGGAUGCCCCUCCCAUUGAUCCGACACUCAAUCGUGAUCUGCAAGUGUGGCGAAGACGAGGCAUCCACGACCCCAUCACGGUGAUAGAGGUCUUCGGAUGGGCAGAGGAGAGCUAUCCUGCCAUUCAGCAGCACAUGGCCUACCUGGUACUGGAGAUGCUGUUGGACACACCUGAAUUCGACCUCAGCACUUACGAGUUCAAGAACAGUGUACACCUCAAUCCGCCAUCACCUGUGGAUGAACUGCCUUGUGGCGAGGACCACGUUACACUGCAGUAUAUGCUCGGCAGUGUACCAAUCCCACAAGCAACCUACGAAGACAACGACCGGAUUAUCUUCGAGUUUCUGAAGCAACUCGGGUUUGAUACCCCGGACGAACUGAAGAAGAUGAGCCUUGAGCGCGUCAUCUAUUGGAUAGGUGAUCAACUCACGGUCGAUCGUAUCCGAGGCAUGCAGCGGUUCUGCUGCCAAGAGUAUAACUCUCUGGACCGCCUCGAUUUCAUCGUAGCUGUUUUCGGCUGGCUACAUGCUAUGAUGGCAUAUGCCAAGAAUAUUCACAAACAAUACCUCGGAACGAACGCUGGGCUAGGGCUGAAACACGCCUUCACGCAGCUCAGGCGGAAGGGACUUGACAAAGUCUCGACGAAAGGGCCCUUUCACGACAAUCUGGAGCGCGCCCUUCGUCACAUUCUCACUGCCCAUAUCCGCACAUGCUGGAAAGUCGUCGGCAAUGUCUCUAACUUGGCCGAGCUCAGGAAGAGCCGACCAGAGGCUCUGAAGCAACUCGCCAUACAACUCGUAGACGAGCACGCAUCAUUCCGAGCCGUCAAGCACCUACGUGCAGCCGGCGUCUCGCGCGAUGAAGUGAAGGAACAAGCAUGCAUGUUCAAUCACGACGUACUUCAAUAUCUUGUCCUCGAGCGGGCGAUCAAGCACGGAGACGUCGGAAUGAUGGAGGGUAUGCUACCUCACUUGGCCUUUCGAUUUGCUGGUGGUCGGAAUUCGCACUACACGACAGAGUGUGUCGAGUUACUGCAAGGUCUUCACAGAGAAUGGCCACCCGCUGUUGCUGAUUUCGUACGAAAGUUCUGUUGGCUAGUGAACAGCACAGGACGACGCGAGGGGUUCACGCCGGUCGACCGUGCACAGGAAGCUAACAUAGGAAAGAUCAAGGUUACGAACCGAUCACAAGGGCCUAAUGUCAAUUGGGAGUACUUCCGGAAGCUUCAUCCGGUUCUCCCUGUUAUACAGGCACUUUCCGAGCACAUGGAAACAGAAUUUGCAACAUGGACACGCUAUAAGAAACAUACAACACCAGAUGACGAAAAAGGGAUCAAACUACUUCAGCAAACAUAUACCAGUGCUCGCGUUCACGUCACAGUGCCAGGCCGUCUCGUGGAACGCGAGUCCGAGAGAGUCAAGGACUUCUACAACAACGGCAUCGCUGAGUUCGCAAAGACGCUAGGAAGAUGGGAGAAUGCACGCACAUAUGCUCGCCGUGUCGACGAGGACUAUAGCCAAUUAUCCGAUGUUGACGACGAAGGAGGGAUGAUGGCAGAUGAUGAAGACGAAGGCGGCGACGAAAACACCGGUGCUGAUGGCGCGGAAGACGACACAAUGGAUCGCGCUUGA